AUGUCAACCCGCCGCGGCGGCGGAGCUGCGAAAGAGAAAAAGCGCCGCCAGUCCAAGCUUGCCAAAGAGAACGACAUCAGCGCAGACGAGGAGAACGAAAUUAAGGAGGCUUUCCAGCUGUUUGCAAGCAAAAAUGUGGAAUUCAAGGACGAGAAAGACGGCGUCAUGCAGACCGAGGACGUUCGCCGGGCUCUGGUAGCCCUUGGACUUCCCCCCGAUUCAGCAUCGGAACUCUCCUCGAUCGUCUCCGCGGUCGAUCCCACCUCUGCCGGCUUCGUCACGUAUGAAGCGUUUGUCGCAGUAGCCGCCGCAAAACUGCACAUGCGCAGCGACGAUUCCCUGGCUGCCGAAGUCGACGCAGCUUAUCGCCUGUUCACCAAGGGCUCAGACGGGCCGAUUACGCUGCAGCAUCUGCGCCUUAUUGCGCGAGACUUGAAGGAGGACAGUGUCGGGGACGAGUUGCUGAAAGACAUGGUCCGAGAAGCAAACGGCGGCGAUGGUUUGCACAAGGGCGUGACACUGGAGCAGUUCCGUGACGUGAUGUCUCGCGCUGGAGUUUUUUGA